UUGCAUUGCACUGUGUCCAUGGAGGGGAUUGGAACACCUGAAUCACAUGAUAUGGAGGGGAUUGGAACACCUGAAUCACAUGAUUGGGAGGGGAUUGGAACACCUGAAUCAUAUGAUUGGAGGGGAUUGGAACACCUGAAUCACAUGAAUGGGAGGGGAUUGGAACACCUGAAUCACAUGAUAUGGAGGGGAUUGGAACACCUGAAUCACAUGAUAUGGAGGGGAUUGGAACACCUGAAUCACAUGAUAUGGAGGGGAUUGGAACACCUGAAUCACAUGAUAUGGAGGGGAUUGGAACACCAGAAUCACAUGAUAUGGAGGGGAUUGGAACACCUGAAUCACAUGAUUUGGAGGACAAUACUUGGGGCAAUAUAGUGUAUUUAAUUACCAGGGAAU